UUGCGUCCCACGCAGAGGAGGUGUUUUCCGGUCAAAGUUUCCUUUGUGAUUCGGAAGUGGUGGUGGGAUGCCCAAAGCCGUUUAUCCUUACAGAUAACAACACACAAGCGGCGAGCAUGAUAAAAUCGUUCACAGCUCUGUCCUGCUAAACAUGGGAAGAGACACCUUCAGGAUUCAGUAAUACAGGUCUCUCCGUCACCCUGGCAACGCUACACUCUCAGAGAGGGGAGGGGCCGAGUCUUGGCAGUAUGGAAGUCGCGGGUAUGCCGGGCACGGGCACAGCCCGGAGCCCACAGAGCGAGGCGGUGACCUCGGUGCUCCAGGAGCUGUCCCUUCAAACCGGCCCCAACCAGAUGCCUCUACAGGAACGUAAGAACGUCCUCCAACUCAAACUCCAGCAGAGACGCACACGAGAGGAACUGGUCAGCCAAGGGAUCAUGCCACCACUGAAGAGCCCGGCAGCCUUUCACGAACAGAGGAGGAGUCUGGAACGAGCAAGGACCGAAGACUAUCUGAAGAGGAAGAUCCGGUGUCGUCCGGAGCGCUCAGAGCUGGUCAGGAUGCACAUUCUGGAAGAGACGUCUGCAGAGCCCUCCCUGCAGGCCAAGCAGCUGCAGCUGAAGCGAGCCCGACUGGCCGACGACCUCAACGACAAGAUCUCCCACCGACCGGGUCCCAUCGAACUGGUUCACAAGAACAUCCUCUCUGUCACCUGCCCUCUGCAGACCUCACCGCUGGAUUCUCCAAAGGGAGAGAGCUCGUCCUUAGAUGAAGACAGCAGCGAUGCACUGUCACCAGACCAGCUAACCAAUCACGACUCUCCCCUGAGUGCUGUGCCACAGCCUUCCCCUGCCGACACAAUCACCCAGAACGGGGACAUGUCCCCUACACAGUUUCUUACACAGCCCCCUCCUCCACCUCCUGCACCACCUCCUCCCCAGGCGAAUGGGUCAGACGCCUCCCCGCUCCCGAAAGCGACAAACGGGACGACGGGGACCUUAACGAGCUCGCGCCCCUCUACCGGACAUAUCAAGUCUCAGGCUAAGACGAGUUCAGACCGUCCUCCACAGAGGCCUAAAAAACCAAAGGACAGCAAACCCAAGGUGAAGAAGCUCAAGUACCACCAGUACAUCCCUCCGGACCAGAAGGCGGACAAGGAGCGUCCGCCUCAGAUGGACUCGUCCUAUGCGAAGCUCCUCCAUCAGCAGCAGCUCUUCCUGCAGCUGCAGAUCCUCAGCCAGCAACAGCAGCACUACAACUACCACACCAUCCUGCCCGCCCCUCCCAAGCCACCGACCGAGCAGCCUCCCACAACCAACUCCGGCCCUUCCCCCUCCCGCAGUGUUCCCACGACAACCACCUCAGCCCCCUCCAAUCAGAGCGGGGCUGCACGGCAGAGCCAAGCAGCAGCGGGAGGAGCCAAGCCAAGCACUCUGCCAGCCAACCUGGACGAGUUCAAAGUCGCCGAGUUGAAGCAGGAACUGAAAUUGCGUGGUUUGACCGUCUCAGGCACCAAGAACGACCUCAUCGAGAGGCUCCGCAACUACCAAGAGCAACACGGCGCCAACGCAGCGCUUUUGAAAAAUGGCAUAUCGCAGGCCGGCCAGCAGGGCGCCGCCUCUUCCGUUAACGCCAUCGCGUCCUCUCCAGGCGCGACCGUCGCCUCCGACCACCAGUUGCCAGAUGGCGGCUUUAAGGUAGCUUUCUCCCCGUUGGCUCACACGGUUCCUGGGCGGGUCAUGCGUUUCGGCAGCACCAACUCCAGCCCGCCGGUGUCGCCUACCCCGUCUGAGCGGUCGCUAGCAGGGAUGAGUCCAGAUGAGACCAGCUGUAACGGAGACAUGUUUGGAGAGAUGGUGAGCUCUCCCCUGACCCAGCUCACCCUCCACCACUCUCCUCAGCAUCCGUCGAAUGUCUCUCCGCUCUCACAGCCGCUCUCAAAAGUGAAAGAGGAAACCCAGAGUUCAUGCAGCCUCUCCAGGACUUCACCCGCCUCAAGCCAGCCUCCAGAGACCCUAUCUGGGUUAGCUUUGGACAUAUUCUCCAUGGACAAGGACCAGAUGCUUCAGGAGAAGGACAAACAGAUCGAGGAGCUGACCCGGAUGCUGAGGCAAAAGCAGAGGCUAGUGGAGACCCUCAGAUCCCAGCUGGAGCAGGGCAAGAUGACGGGUGGAAUAGUGGGGGAGAAAGAAGCUAGCGAAAAGAGCAGAACGAUAUCCCAGGAGGUUAAACCGCAAACUCUGAUAAAAGCCUCAGCCAUCCAGCCGCCCACGUUCCCCAACGGCCUCAUGGUGAAGGUGAAGAAGGAGAUGGAGGCCGAGGAGGGAAUGGAGGGAGUGACAGAGGAGGCACAGAUGAAGAAAAUGGCCCAGCCGAUGCAGUGCUCUCAGGAGACUCUGCUCAGGCUGCAGCAGAUCCACCGGCUGCAAGUCCAACAAGCCGAACAACAGAAGCAGCAGCUGCAGAGUCAGGCACAGCUGCAGAAAGCGGCCGAGGCCAAGUCAAACCCUCCAAAACAGCAGCAGCAGCAGCAGCAACAACAACAACAACAACAACAACAACAGCAACAACAACAGCAGCAGAAGAAAGAAGCUCAAAUCCUGCUCCACCAGCAGCAGCAACUGCAGCAGCUCAUCAUCCAGCAAACCCAACAGAAGCAGCUCCAGGCCCAGCAGAAGUUAGCGCAGCAGAAACUGGCCCAGCAGAAGCUCAGUCAGCAGAAGCUGGUGCAGCAGAGCCAGCUGAAGCAGACGCAAGGGCAGCUCCAAGCUCAGCAGAAGAACCAAGUGCAGCUGAAACAGGUCCAGGUGCAGAUCCAGAGUCAGACGGUGGCGACUCAGAAGCCCACGGUGAACCCAACGCAUCAGAGGAAGCAGCUGAAGGCGCAUCAGAGGCAAAAACAGCAGACGCCAGCUGUUCCUACACAACAGGUGACUCCAGUCUUCAUCAACCAACAGAACAGCACUCAGAUCCACACUCAGGCCAUUUCAUUAGACCUCCUCAAGUCCAACGGCACACCCACGCUGGUCACCGACACCAACGGCAACCACUACUUGAUCGCUCUCACCAGCCACACCACCGACGGGCAGAACGGAGUGUCCUCAUUGGCCAAAACCAACGGACGCAUCACGCUGCAGAGAUUGCAGUCGACUCCGAGUAAACUGCCCAGCACCGACAGCCAAUCGAAAGAGCAGAAAGAGGCCGAGCCUGUUAGCCAGCCAAUCAAAAAGGGACAGAAGGCAGCGCUGCAUUUGGACACCAGCGUCGUUCCACAACCCGGCCAGUCAGUCACCGCUCCGCCCAACCUGCAGCCUUUCUUCGACGAGAUGUCAGACAGCGAAAGCCAAAGCAGCAUAAUCUCAUCUCUCAAGAGAGAGGAGGUGUGUCCGCCUUACGACCGGCACACACUGUUUACCCCUCCCUCUCCUAAACCCAACACCUCCCUUCCUACUCAGCGCUCCAAACAGGAGAACGGUGUGAACAGUCAGCAGAUGGACGACCUGUUUGACAUCCUGCUCAAGAGUGGAGAAAUCCCCGGCUUCAAGGCCAACCCUGACCCCUCCCUCGCCCCACUCCACUCCGACCCACCCUCCCCGUCCUCUCCCCCGUCCCCGCUCCACCUCUCCCCUCCCACCCCGACCUCCCCCCUCAUCUCCCCCCAGCCCUCCAUAGCGGAGCCCUGCACAGGCAGCGGACGCCUGGAGGACUUCUUGGAGAGCACCACUGGCGCCCCGCUGCUGGGCGUGGAGCCGGACGGCGGGCUGACGCUGAUCGACGACCUCCACAGCCAAAUGCUGAGCACGGCCAGCAUCCUGGACCACCCCCCCUCCCCCAUGGACACGUCCGACCUGGGCUUCUCCCCCCAUUCUACGGGGCUGGACUUUGGCGACCCCACACUGGACAGCAUGGACUGGCUGGACAUCUCCAUGGUGGGGAGCGCCAGCGGAGGCAGCGGGGGCGACGGAGGGGGGAGAGGCGGAGGAGGCGGACCGGGGGAAGGAGACGGGGGGACGAGUCUGGCCCCGCUGGCGCCACACACUCCGCCGAGCGUCUUCUCGGCCGAUUUUCUGGACAGCACGGACCUGCAGCUGCACUGGGAGGCGUGUCUGUAGCCCAGCCCGCCCACCCGCAAGAGGGACGCGCGCUCGCUCACACUGUGUACAGGCUCCGUCUUUAUUUCACGCACAUACAGAAACCUUCUCUAUGCUGUCUCUACCACUGCAGGAGUCACUGGCACAUGCAAACACACACACACUUACACACACACAGUUUGCCCUGUCUUUUCACUGGCUGUUACUUUAUUCAGGAUGAGGUGAAAAUGAGCAAAAAACAUAGAAAUGAAAUUCAUAGAAAAGGACUUGGUGGACUGUAAGUUAUCUUUGAAUUGUAAUUCUAUGGGGAUCCAAACAGCAGACUGUUCACAGACAACGCUGAUAAAAAUCCCGCCUUUUUCUGUCCUGCAUUAACCAGGUCAAAGUGAAUGGACAGGUGGUCGCAGUUCACUGUAAGGUCAUUUCAAUCCCUCGGAAACGGUUCGACAGACGACAGCCGAGGAGGAUCGGUCGGCGGCGUUAACUCGGGCUCCUCGAGAUAGCAUCGUGCGUGUGUCAGUGCCUCCUAAAUUUUUGCACUUAUGCUGAAUCUGAUUGGUUAAAAGAGGGGGGAAGCGUUCAGGUCAAUCUUAGCGCCGUCUGGUGAGGCGGAGCAAAAGCCACCUUGUGUUAUAUAAUUGAUCAGCUGAGCCGUCGUGGGACGGCGCGAAAAGCAAGGCAGCUGUCGGUGGCCCCGCCGCCUCGCCACGGCAACCUGAACCCCACCCACACUAGUCGAAAACACAACCGUCAGCGGUUGAUAGUUGCUAUUGAAAUGAACCAUAUCAGUGGCAACAGUUUGAAUUGAAACCUCUUUGGAGGUUUGCGUAUUAACAUGGUAGACCACUAUGUAUUGCUGUAUAUGGGGUGUAUAUUAUCAAUUGUCCAUAUGACUUAUUUUUCUUUGCUGGUUGCUUAGAGUCGAGCUGGCCGGCUGGGGAACAUAGGGAGAGGGCGGGGCUUCCAAAACACUUGGACCUUGUCAUUUUUUAAAGAAAAAAAAGUUUAAAAAAUAAACAUACAAAAAAAAAA